GGAGAUUAGCAUUUGAGCUAGCUACUCAAUUCUCCGAACUUCCCCGGUAGCGAGAGACUCACUGGAGCCGCGUUGACUUUUAAGGGACAGCGAGCACUCGACGUUUUAACCCCCGUCGCUAGAGGCCCCCCGUCCCCCCCGUCCCCGAACCCCCGAACCCCCGCGUUACAUUCCGUCACGUCAACGGCCGCGUCUCCAUGAACGUCGCGUCUCGCCGGUGUCGUAUUUAUCGCCGGGUAGAUGUGCGCUAUGUCGGGAUGACGGGGAGAUGGCACACGGGGUUGGAAAACACCAGCUACUUGUGAUUGGACCGACAGAGCCAUGGUCAGUGAGGGAGAAGCUGUGUUUGGCCACAUCUGUCAUGAAGAGUGGAGACAAGAACUGGGUAUCCGUCAGUCGAGCCAUCAAACCAUUUGCAGAACCCGGGAGACCGCCCGACUGGUUCUCUCAUAAGCACUGCGCCUCCAAGUACUCAGAGCUCCUGGAGGCAAUCGAGGCCCCGAAGCAGAAGCGCGGCGACGGAGGCGAAGUGGUGGAGCCGGUGAAGGAUGUGAUCGUCCGCAGGCUGACGACCGACAGGAUUGAUGCACUGAGAAAGCUGAUCAAAGAAACACAGGAGAAGCACAGGAAGCUGAAGAGAGAAGCUGAGCUGAUUCAAGCAGGAUGUCUGGAUUCCAAACUGGAAGAGUUAUGGGGAGACAUCCUGCAGAAGAAGAAACUGGAGGAGAAGGAAGCCGAGCUGAAAAGAAAAAACACAAAUGCUGCUUAUCAGGCCAGACAGGCGGCAAAGAGCACAUCCAAGCCGGAGCCCGGCAUCCCCGUGCACUCGCCCUCAGGCUGCAGCUCCCCAAGUCAGGUGUUCUCACCAGGUGACCCGCUGGAGUGUUUGACGCUGGAUCUCGCGUCGAUGAAAAAUCCUUCCGGGUCGGCCAGAUUAACGACGAUUGUCGAGUCUUCUGGACCAGGAAAUGAUGACGUCAGCCCCGGGUCACUUCUGGAUGAUCCCGCCCAAAGGAAGCUCCUGAGCCAGAAAGCCACGCCGCCGCCGUCUCCCCUUCUGUCAGAGUUACUGAAGAAAGGCAGUAUCUUGGCCACACAUUCCAGACUGAUUGGGGAGGGGGACGUGACCACUGCUAAUAUGACAGGAGCACAUGACUCGCAGCUGGCUCCAACUAGCCAACCUCUCACUCAGGCAACAGGCGCCCCGAUGCUGUCGCGUCUCCUGGAGGCGGGCCCCGCCCGGUUUCCCGCCCCGUUAGGUUUCGUGGUCGUUGGCGACUCGGCCUCCAGCGCUCCCCUCUCGGCUGCCACCACGCCUGUGUCUGUUGACUCCCCGGCUUCAGCAAACACAGAGAGGUCUUUGCCCCCUGGAUGCCGGCCUAUCUGUGCCCAGGAGAAGGUGGCGGCGCUCGGCCAGGGGGACGUGAGCUGGAUGAGGGAUGAGCUGGACCUGAAGACGGUGGGGGACAUUAUUGCCAUCAUUGAGGAAAAGACAGACGUGGCCGCGGAGGCUUUGGACGCGGCCGCCGUCGAGGCGGCGCUGUCACUGUGCGAGGAGAACGGCCGUGCUUUGUCUGGCGCCUGGGGGCCCGCGCCUUUCUGCCCCCACGGGUCUCUCCCCCCAGUGCCCACGGGGGUCCGACAGGCCUCGUCUCCUCACAGCAGCCCGCGGGGGAAGACGCAAGUGUUGGUAGUGCACGGCGGGGCUCCUGCUUCGCCCUCCUCUCUCUGCAUCAGUCGAGAGAGCGGCCCGCCGGCAUUUCCCAUGGGGCCGAGGGGCCUUCCUCGCACCUCCUCGUCCUCCACGGGUUCACAGCAGCACCGCACUGCAGCGCCUCCGCGGCCUAAGGCGACGAGGGGGACCCGAGUGUUGGCGCGACAGAAAGGCCGCAUUCCGUUGGAUGUUCCUCUAAAACGUGAGCGUGAGAAGCGGGCACGGCAAAGACCGGGACCCCCCCACGGAGACUCGGUAUUAGAAGAUAGCCCGCUGGCAGCGAGGCGUCCGAAGGGGAUGAGAGCAGAGGACGUAGGAGGAGACGGCGCCUCGGGGACUAGAGCGCGCGGCGUGACGGGAGCGCGGCGAGACGACGAGGUCAGCGGGGCGGACGGAUGCUCGCCGGAGCCGGCGGAGGCGGGGCUUAGCGAGAGCGAGGACAGCUACGGCCUCCACGCGGCCGCCUCCUCCUCCUCCUCGUCGCUGCGGCUGCGCGCGGCGGCUGACUCCGCCCCCAGCAGCCCCACCUCGUCACAGUUUUCCGUUUGCAGCGAGGACCACGAAUCUCUGCAGGCUCACAAGAUCUGGAAGAAAGCCAUCAUGCUGGUGUGGCGUGCGGCGGCUAAUCACAGGUAUGCAAAUGUCUUCCUGCAGCCAGUAACUGAUGAAAUCGCCCCCGGGUACCACGGUAUUGUACAGAGGCCCACGGACCUUGCCGCCAUAAAAAAGAGCAUUGAGACCGGUUUGAUCCGGAACACGGCGGAGUUCCAGAGGGACAUCAUGCUGAUGUUCCAGAAUGCGGUCAUGUACAACAGCCUGGAUCACGACGUGUACCACAUGGCCGUGGAGAUGCAGCGUGACGUCUUAGAGCAGAUCCAGCAGUUUCUGGCCACCCAGCUCAUCAUGGAGGCGUCAGAGGCUGGCAUCAGCGGCAAAAGCCUGAGGGGCCGCGAGCGCACCUGCAAACCGGACGCUCCUGACAAGGACACCGUCUCCAUGUCCUCUCCGGCCUUCCUUCUUUCUCUUUUUGAUGGAGGCACCAGGGGGCGCCGUUGUACCAUUGAAGCUGAUCUCAAGAUGAAGAAAUGAACAUGCAGUAUGACAUGGUUUCCGAGUGGAACCCAAAGAUGUGAAACCAAUGGACUGAAGUUCUCCCGUCAGGGCCACAGACUCCCUCUGCAGAAAAGGCAGAGUCACCUUAUUUGCACUCCAGGGGAAAUGGACUGUAAUAUGGACAAUCUCCUUUCCUGUGAUACAGCCGUACAUACGUGGAUUACAUACAGUAUAAUCCCAGAUUACAAUGGGGCUGAAGGAAAAAGGUCAAACCUUCUGUAGAAUUAGCCUGCUCUGAAUAACAUCAGGUGGUUUACUGUAGAGAAAGAUUGAAGUCACUCCAAGCCUACACAUUGACUGGAUUAAGUGUUCAUGAGACCUGUAUAUGUCAGAUUAGUGUGGUUGAAAACAUUCCAUGUUGGCGAUGAAAUGCAGACGCAGAGGCCAAAGGCUCUGAAGCCAGAAGUGGAGAAUGAUCAGGGGGGGGGUCGUGGUUACAUAAUCAUUUCAAAUAAAACCGUUUUCCUUGCUCGGUGGAAAUCAUAGAAAAUACAAAUCAUGUUUAAAGAUAGCUGUAUUGUUUAUUAAAGGUGCACAUUGUGUCAUUGUCAGUAUUUGAGAAAACUUCCCGUUAAAAGUUAUCUGAACUUUAAAGAUACAAAAUGAAAUGUCAUAAAAAGCCCUCGAUCCAGCAUGUUAAGCGUGAAUUGGCUCAUUUUAUCCACGAUCUAAAUCAAAAGUUGCAGCGGCUCAGAGGAGCACGAGUGCCCCAUUAUGAAUAAGUUCCGCAGUGUUGUUUCUGAGGAACCUGUCCUUACAUGAACAAGUCUACACUCAGACGGGACACAGGAUCUGCUACAAAGCGUCCUUUCAUGUCUUCAAUCCAGACAUCUGGCAUCCGCAGUACUAAAUGGGUUUUAGUUUGACAUGUAGUCAGGGGAAUAAAGUCUUCUUCUGAUGUUUGA